AUGGUGUGGUUGUUGCGGCAGAUACGCCGCCGCGGCGGAAUCUCCGCCAUCUGCAAACUUUUUGGGAUCUGUCUAGUCAUCGGCACGCUUCUACAGUUGACAAGUUCGGCGCCGAAUCGAGAAAUUCCGAAUAAUCAGCCUCUACGCCCUUCACCAUUACAUCCAGAUGGCUUCCAUGCGAUCGAUGAUGGGCAGGUUCAGAUUGAGGAUGAACCUGAGGAGCAAAAAAAACCCUCCGUCCAGCAAAUCCACUCUGGUGACUGGUAUGUAAAAACAGCCGGAACUUACAAGAAAACCCCAACAGUUGAAGCCAUCAAAACAGAAAUCAACAAAAGAAAAGGAGAAUUCUACGAGCAAAUCUUUGUACACUUUGAUCUCAAAGGCGCCCCGCCGAAGGUGUCCUAUUUCUUGCAGCUACUCGAGCUGGUGCGAAAAUCCGGCGCAACGGGUGUUAUGAUUGAAUGGGAAGAUAUGUUCCCGUAUACUGGUCGCCUAGCAUCUGCCAUAAAUACGGAUCAUUAUUCGAUGGAGGAUGUGAAUGCAAUCCUGUCUAAAGCACAUUCACUAGGCCUAACAAUCGUGCCACUCGUCCAAACAUUCGCACAUCUCGAAUGGAUUCUAAAACUAGAAGAAUUCCGAAAAUAUCGUACAGUGGAUGAAUAUCCACAAGUACUUUGUUUGGCGAAUAAGGAUGGAGUGGAUUUGAUAAAGGAAAGUGUCACCCAGGUGAUAGAAGCGCACAAACCAUACGGAAUCCCAAUUUUUCACAUUGGAUGUGAUGAAGCCUUCUUGUAUGGCGCAUGCCGAGAAGAUCUCGAAUGGAUCAAAAGCAAAGGUCCUGACGGCUCAAAAGAGUUCCUCGCGCUAAGCCACAUGCGAGAAUUCGCGAGCUUUGUCAAGAAGCAAGUGGGACCAGAUACUACGAUAUUGGUCUGGCACGACAUGCUGAAGAGCUUCCCGCCACAAAUCAUCGAAAAAGCGGGUGUGAGAGACCUCAUUGAGCCGGUGGUUUGGGAUUAUUCGGAAGGGAUCGUCACGAUGAAUGAAUGGAGCUUCCAAACAAUCGCUGACAGCUUUCCGGUCGUUUGGGCUUCAUCAGCUUACAAGGGCGCAAACUUCCCCUCAGCCAAGUACAUCGACGUGCGCCACUACGAGACCAACAACCGAGCAUGGGUGGAAAUAGUCCGGAACAACAAGCAGCGCUUCAAGGGUGGCUUCAAGGGGAUCAUCAUCACCGGCUGGCAACGAUAUGAUCAUAUGGCCGGCUUGUGCGAGAUAUUGCCUGUCGGCACACCCUCGAUGAUCCUGCAAGUCGAAACGGCACUUUCGGCGGCUAACAAAGAAGAUCAGGUCGGUAUCCGAAAACGCGCUGCAAGAAAGCUUGGUUGUGCCGGGGAUUCACUGGCUGUCUCGGGAUUGGAAUUAAUUAACGCUCAAUGCAACUUCACCGGCUUCGGAGUCUAUCAAGCGUUUCAGGGUAAUGCCCGGCGAACAAUUUCGUACGUUUUGGAUGAGAUGGAAAAGCAUCACCCGACCAUUGGCUGGCUAAACGAAUACGCAAGAGCGCACGAAUAUACGCAAAACUGGUAUCUGCGUGAAAUCAGCCAAUUUCUACAAAUGCAGUUGGGUCAGUUGAAAGGAGCUGAGCGGCAAAUCAGAACACAAAUGGCUCCGCUGUUCUUCGAGAAUACCGUAGAAGAAUUUAUUUUCGAGACGAUCGGCCAGCACAUCGACAAAAUAGAAAGAAUGCUGGAUGAUGCCGAGAAAUUGGGCAAGCUGCGCGUUUGGCCAAAGCGGCAUUUCCCUAUCAAGAAGACAGAGCUG